CUGGAUCUCUGGACAGGCGAUGCACGACACACACACACACACACACCGACAUACACCGAGACAACCUGCGGGGUGGACACACACAUCAUCCGGGGGACCUCCACACAUCAAGUCCCAGUGCAUUAUACCGGUGUGUUUUGGAACCGGUAUUUGUCAGAACCACCAAGUGACAGAUCCACGGACGGUGUCGCUGCAGGUUUCAGGACAAUGACUCUGGAGGAUGAGCUGACGAAAGCCGCAGCGAACGGGAACACGGCAACUGUGGAGGAUCUGCUGCGGGCAGGAGCGCAGGUUAACGGGGUGAACAGCUUGGGACACACCGCUCUGCAGGUGAUGAUGAUGGGCAGCUCCCCGGUGGCUCAGCUGCUGCUGCGGCACGGAGCGGACCCGGCGGUGAGUGACCGGAGCACUGGGAGCUCCCCGCUGCACGACGCGGCCCGGACCGGGUUUGUGGACACGGUGCGGCUGCUGGUGAAGAAUCGGGCUGAUCCGCAGGCCCGGGACAAUAAAGACAACCGACCCGUCGACCUGGCCCGGCAGCACGGACACACGGAGGUGGAGGAUUAUCUACAGUCUCUACCGGACACCGAGUGACGCUGGACGUUAAUGAAGGGAUACUGGGGCAUGGAGGGCCUUCUGUCUGAAACAUAGGAUGUUUUGCUGUAAAACGUUUUUUUGUAUUUAUUUAUCGGAUGUUUUGUAGGUAUUGCAUUUUUAACGAAAUCUUUGUCAAUAUGAGGCUGUCAUGACAAAUCAGUAAAAUAUGGUUAUUGGCCAUAAUGUCUAAUAAUAGCUACACAAAUCGGUUAAGAUUUAUUCUGCGUUGUAUAAUAGAAAUAUUCCGAAUAUAUAACUGUAUAGGUGAACAGUCUUCCUAUAAUAUUUGUUCAUGACAUUGUAUUUUUAAAUUAAGAUUAGUGUUAAUUUUUCGUCUAAAACGAUAUGAGAUCAUUUGAAUAAUGUCGACUAUUUAACCAAAGCCAUUCAAAAUGUUUUGCACACCCAACAUUAGUGUGACUAAAGCACUAUUAUGUUUGUUCUGCAGACUCGGAGUGUCACUUCCUGUUUUUACAAAUGAUAUGCAGACCUCGCAUUGUAUGCACUUUAAUAAAAUGUCAUUUUAAGUGUGUUAAUGGUGCAGAUUAGAAGCAGCACUAAUAUGGUAAUGUCUAUUGUCUAAAGGAUGGAUUACAACAACAACAAAAGGUACUAAAGAAUGAAUAACCACAAAAAA